UAAUGAAAAAUUUUGGAAGAAAGUACGAUGUGAUGGUGGUCGAUGCUAGUAUGGAUGUAGACCAAGGAUUGGGGACAGAAGGGAAAUUGGUGCAGGGGAUGAGAGGUUUGGGGUGUAAGUAUGGUGUUUUGUAUUUUCAAGUGAAGGGAAGAGAGAAGAGUGGGAGUGGAGAUUUGGGUGAGAAGGAGAUAAAAGGGGGAGGUGAGCUUGGAAAGAGGGUUGAGGAGUGAGUUGGAGUACAAUAUUUGCUCUUUUUGUUAGGGCAAUUUUGAGCACAGGGUAUGAGAAUUGUUGUGUUCUCUGAAAACAGACACUUAUUUGAUACUAAUUUCUUGGAACAGUUGCAACACAAAGCAAGCAAAUGUUCAACUCCUUCAAUUGCACAAUUCUCUAUAUCCAAAUUGGGAACAUUUUUAAAGGCUUCACCUCCAAGUUCAAUUAAAACUAUCUCCAAGAUUCUAAAACAAACUUCUAACCUAAGCAUGACUACAAAAGAUUCGCCUCCCCCAACACAUUUAACCAAAAUUCAGGAAGAAUCAAAGCACGAAGAGGCUAAAAUUCCGGAAGAACCAAAACAAGAAGGAGCGAAAAUUCCUUCUCUGCCUUCCCUCAAAACUACCCAUCAAGCCUCUGCUCCUGAUCUUUGUACCUUCUGAAAAAGGCCAGACAAUCUGCCUCCUUAUUCUGAGACCUUCUCAGAUCCUCCAACAGAAGAUACAAGUAAUCUUAAUCCUCCACAAAGAAGAGUAUGCAAACUGAGAGGACACUCUGAGUUCUACAAAGUUCAUAAAAAUCUUCUUAACAAGGUGAUAAAACUGGCUAAAAAUGGCAAUAUAACUUCCUUGAAAGGGUUUAUGAAUUCACUCGAUAACAACGUCGGACAACACUUUAAUAAAAGCAUUAAGCAUUCAAAUUGCAAUCUAAAGCCUGAAGAUAAAGAAAAUUACAAAAUUUGUGUGAGAAACUACUUGGUUAAUAACAGGAUGAUUUGUUGAGAUAUUCUCAAAUUGCUGUGUCAAACACAUCCAGAAUGGACAAAUAAGCAGGUCCUGAAUGCUUGAAAUGUAGUAAUAUGCACUGAACAACUCGAAAAUGCGGCAGAGUUUCUUGGGAACGAUUAA